UAAGAAAGAAACACGCGAACCACAAAGCAGAAACAGGCAGGCAGGCAGACAGACGACCACACUCUGUUUUUUGCCGGAAAGAAAAUUCGUUUUUCAUUUCCUCCAAAAAGAGUGACUCAUCUUCGUUUUUGUUCUCGUGUGCGUGUAGCGCAGAAAAUCGGUCAAGAUGAUGUCCUUACCGGGAACGUUUGCCUGUGACGAAUACGGGCGUCCGUUCAUCGUGCUCCGGGACCAGGAGAACCAGAAGCGACUGACCGGCAAUGAGGCCAUCAAGAGUCACAUCUUGGCAGCGAAGCAGAUUGCCUCGAUCAUCCGUUCGUCGCUCGGACCGAAGGGUCUGGACAAGAUGAUGGUCAGCGGGGACGGUGAGGUCACGGUCACGAACGACGGUGCCACCAUCAUGAAGCUGAUGGACGUCGAUCACGAAAUCGGCAAGCUGAUGGUGCAGCUCAGCCAGUCGCAGGACGACGAGAUCGGCGACGGUACGACCGGUGUGGUGGUGCUGGCCGGUGCCCUGCUCGAACAGGCCGAAUCCCUGCUCGACCGGGGCAUCCAUCCGAUCCGUAUCGCGGACGGGUUCGAGCUCGCGGCCCAGUGCGCGGUGAAGCAUCUGGACACGAUCGCGCACCCGUUCCCGGUGUCGCGCGACAACAAGGAACCGCUGAUCCGCGUCGCCAUGACGACGCUCGGCAGCAAGAUCGUGAACAAGUGCCACCGACAGAUGGCCGAGAUUGCGGUCGAUGCCGUGCUGACGGUGGCCGACCUGGAGAAGAAGGACGUCAACUUCGAGCUGAUCAAGCUGGAGUGCAAGGUGGGCGGCCGGAUGGAGGACACCUGCCUGGUGAAGGGCGUGGUGGUGGACAAAACGAUGAGCCACUCGCAGAUGCCGACCGUGCUGAAGGACGUGAAGCUGGCGAUCCUGACCUGCCCGUUCGAGCCGCCGAAGCCCAAGACCAAGCAUAAGCUGGACGUCACGUCGGCCGACGACUACCGCAAGCUGCGCGAGUACGAGCAGGAGAAGUUCCUGCAGAUGGUGAAGCAGGUGAAGGAUGCGGGCGCAACGCUCGCCAUCUGCCAGUGGGGCUUCGACGACGAGGCGAACCAUCUGCUGCUCCAGCAGCAGCUGCCCGCCGUCCGCUGGGUCGGUGGACCGGAAAUCGAGCUGAUUGCGAUCGCGACCGGUGGCCGCAUCGUGCCGCGGUUUGAGGAACUGUCGUCGGACAAGCUCGGUACGGCGGGUGUGGUGCGCGAGCUCAGCUUCGGCACGACCAAGGACAAGAUGCUGGUGAUUGAGGAUUGCUUGAACACGCGCGCCGUGACGGUGCUGAUCCGCGGCGGCAACCAGAUGGUCACGGCCGAAGCGAAACGCUCCAUCCACGAUGCGCUGUGCGUGGUGCGUUCGCUGAUCCGUGACUCGCGCAUCGUGUACGGUGGUGGUGCGGCGGAAAUUAGCUGCUCGCUGGCGGUGGCCCGCGAGGCGGAUCAACUCUCGACGCUGGAGCAGUACGCGUUCCGUGCGUUCAGCGUUGCGCUGGAGUCGAUCCCGCUGGCGCUGGCGGAGAACAGUGGCCUGUCGCCGAUCGAAACGCUGUCCGAGCUGAAGGCACGCCAGGGCACGGAGAACAGCUCGACGUUCGGCGUGGACUGCAUGCUGACCGGCAACUCGGACAUGAAGGAACAUCACGUGAUCGAAUCGCUACACUCGAAGAAGCAGCAGAUCGUGCUCGCCACCCAGCUCGUCAAGAUGAUUCUCAAGAUCGAUGACGUGCGAACCCCGGCGGAUCAUUAGAGCGGAAGGGCAGCGCGUUUCUAUGAUCAAAAGAUUCCUUUAUGUAUUUCGCACACGCAUUAGCGCGCACGCAUCUAUUUUACGUUCAUUCAAUCAAACACCACCCUACACACCUAACACACAUGUCUUGGGAGAAUCCUUACUUUUCUCUUGCUCUAUUAAGUUUACUUUACCACAUCGCAUCAGCUUGAAAGGUGCUUUGGUCGAUGAUGAUGAAGCUGAUUUGUGUACUCUCCCAUGGAUAAACACACUAACGAAUAAAAAACACAAAGAAAAGAAACAUACGGUCGCUAUCGAUCGGAUUCAUGAAAAACGACUUAACACUUAAGUGCUUUCUUAAUGCUCGUUUAAUACCAAUAAACGGAAACGUUUCCAAAACCAACCAAUCUAAA